AUGUCGACCGCCGCUGUCGCACAGCUCCAAGCGGAUGUUAACCGUCUUCAACACGAACUCUCGACAGUCAAGCUUGGCGAGCAGUCCCCCCACCAUGGCGAGCAGGUCUACGUUGGCGAGUACCUCGUAGAGCGGCUCGUCCAGCUCGGCGUUACGAAAAUGUUCGGUGUUCCCGGUGACUUCAACCUCGGAUUCCUUGACUUUGUAGAAGAUCACCCAAAGAUCGACUGGGUCGGCAACUGCAACGAACUGAACGCGGGCUAUGCCGCUGAUGGCUACGCGCGAGUGAAGGAGGGCGGUCUUGGCGUCGUUACCACAACCUUCGGUGUCGGAGAACUCAGUGCCACUAACGCCAUUGCCGGAGCCUUCUCCGAGCAUGUACCCGUCCUUCACAUUGUCGGUGCUCCAAGUACAUCGCAGCAGAAGAACAAGCCUAUGCUCCACCAUACCCUCGGUGAUGGACGAUACGACGCAUAUUAUCGUGCCGCUCAGCAGUUCGUCAUUUCUGCGGCGAGUCUUGAGUCCAAGGAUACCGCGGCCGCAGAGAUUGACCGUGUGAUCACCGAAUGUAUUGUCAGGGCGCGCCCAGUAUACCUGAUGGUCCCAACCGACCUUGCCUAUGAGAAGAUCCCAUCGUACCGUCUGAAGACUCCGAUCAACACGGAGCCGCCGGCGAACGAUCCUGACGUCGAAGCCUUCGCCCUCGACGAGAUCGUCAAGCUCAUCGAGCAGUCAAAGCACGAGACGAUCAUCCUGGUCGACGCUUGUGCGGUCCGUCACGGUGUCAAGAAGGAGGUUGCUGAGCUUGUCAGGCGCACCGGCUUCCCUGUCUACUCGGCUCCUAUGGGCAAGACUUCGUUCGAUGAGCAGUACGAGCGCUAUGGUGGUAUCUACGUCGGAUCUAUUAGCCACCCCGAGAUCAAGGAGAAGGUCGAGAGCGCGAAGCUCAUCCUCUCUAUUGGCGCUCUGAAGAGCGACUUCAACACGGGCAACUUCACUUACCACAUCCCCAUCUCCCGCACCAUUGAGUUGCAUUCGGACUCACUCUCAGUACAAUUCGCGACCUUCCCGGGCAUCGGCAUGAAGCGACUCCUGCCGAAGCUCACCGCGCGCCUGCAGCCCUUCGAGCCUGCGGCGGCGCGCAUCCCCGUGCCCAAGUUCGAGCUGCCCGUGCCGACGGAGCAGAACGAGAUCAUCUCGCAGGCGUGGCUCUGGCCGCGCGUCGGCCAGUUCUUCCGCCCGAAGGACAUCAUCGUCGCCGAGACGGGCACGUCCUCGUUCGGUGUCAUGGAGGUGCCCUUCCCGACCGGCGCGGUGUUCGUCAGCCAGAUCCUGUGGGGAUCCAUCGGCUGGACGGUCGGCGCGACGUUGGGCGCUGCGCUGGCGGGCGUGGAGUUGGGGUACAAGCGGACGAUCUUGUUUAUAGGUGAUGGCAGUAUCCAACUGACGGUGCAGGAGCUGUCUGUGAUGAUACGCUCUGGUUUGAAGCCGAUCAUCUUCUUGCUGAACAACAAUGGCUACACGAUCGAGCGGUACCUGCACGGUAUGACUCGGAAGUACAACGACAUCGCGGACUGGAAAUGGACGAAGCUGCUCGACACGCUCGGCGGCGAGGAGGGCAAGACGUGCCAGUCCUACCGCGUCGGGACGAAGUCGGAGCUGUCGAAGCUCCUCGACGACCCCGCGUUCGCGGCCGCGGACAAGAUCCAGCUCGUCGAGCUCCUCAUGGACCCCCGCGACGCCCCGAGUGCGCUCAAGCGCCAGGCGGAGCUCAGUGGCAAGACCAACCGCUACGUCGCGGAGCUGCCCGACGCGGGCCGGGGCGAGGCUGUCUAGUCGGUGCGAUGAGCUUCAGACGUUGGCGAUCGCUCGGACGAUGGAAGUGAAAUGUAAAAGUACUUGUUGUAGGAAGUUCUGUCGUGUAUUGCCGCACCACUCAGAGUUGUUGUACAUCAGAAAUUAGUAGCAUAUGUUAUCAUUAGAAUGUUACGAGCGGUAUGACAUUGACACUGCAGUCACAUCAACAGAACUGUACAUUGUCAACGUAUUUCCUUGUGUAUAUCUUGCCAUGACAUAUAUCCCACAAACUUGGCUAUUUCAAAGAGUCAUGUCCGUUGACGUCGCUGAUUUACUCAAUCUCCCGUGUUUGUAUAUCUUGCCGCUAAGACCGUCCUCAGCCUACUACUGCUGAAUCCCUAUUGGACGCAGUUGCAAAUCAGUGUUAACGUU